GGUGGGGUGGGGGAUUAGAGGGGCUGGAGCAUGUUGGAGAGGAUCUUUACCCUGCACACACGACACACACACAUUCAUCCGAGAUGCCCACGUUUUCCGUCAUGUUUAAAGGAGCUGUCAUCAUAAGCAGGACAUUGAUGGGGCCAUAUGGAGACGAUCGAGCUGUACAUUUGAUACAGUUUUCAGACUGUGGGAAUGGAUUAGGUAUCAAAGUCAUCGGUGGUGUGAAGGAAGUCACCGGAGAGGAGUUUGGUGUUUAUGUGAAGAGGAUAUUACCAGGUAGCCUUGCCUCCGCUGAAGGGCACCUACAGCCUGGAGACCAAAUGUUGGAGGUGAAUGGAGAAAGUUUGAUUGGCGUAACGAGUGAGAGAGCAGUGGAUAUUCUCAGAGCAGCUUCGUCCACAAACCACAUGCGGCUUCUGAUAGCACGAGAUGAGGAAGCUCGAAAAGAAUUUGCCGAACUGAUGGAGAAAUACGGCUCCAGCAGCAGCACCGGUUCCACGAGGAACUCGCCCAUUCAGCACACAGGCAGAUAUUUGGACAGCACAUCGUCAGGGUCCUCGUCCAGAUCCCAAAGUCCUCUGCCGCUCAGUCCAGCUGGGUCUCAGAACGCAUACAGUAACACGGGACAGCUACUUUGCUCGCUUAGUCACCCAGGUGAAGGUGUGAUCCAACUGAUCUCAGUGGUUCGCUCCAGCACUCUGGGUAUCUCAAUCAGCGGAGGCUCCAACAGACCAGACGGCCCAGAGGUGUUCAUACAGGAAGUGAUGUCAGGAGGAGACUGUCAUCGGGAUGGACGUCUCAGAGCAGGAGAUCAGCUCAUCGCCAUAAACAAGGAGGCGCUCAUCGGAGUCACACAUGAAGAAGCCAAAAGCACCAUCAACAGAGUGAAACUCAGCCGUGAGCCAGUGGUGGAAAUCGCCUUCAUCCCAGGGAAAGGUCAUUUCCCUUGCAGUACGUCGUUAGGCAAGGUUCAGAAAGCCGGCGCGAACGGAUACGGCAGGUUAAAAGUGCACGCCACGUCUCCUGAGUUUGUUUUAUCGCAGGUUCGACCGGACGACACGGCACCGUCGUCUUCUCCCGACAUCAGUCCUGCAGACAUCCACGUCUCAGCAGCUCUGACCACACAGAGCAACGGUGCAGCAUCCAAACCCAGAGUAUCUCUGGACCCCCACAUACGCCUGCGAUCAGAGAAACUGGACCUGGCUCUGUCUUACCUCGGACUGGACGUCACGGAGGAUAAGAGGAGAAAAAUCAGAGAGAGUUUGUCCACAGAUCCUCAAGGGACGGUGUCUUAUGGAGAGUUUGUGGAGGCCACGCGUAAUGUGUACCAGGAUAAGCUGGAGGAGGCGGGGCUUGCGCAGGGACCAUUUAUGUUCUCCUAUCACGAGGCAGCGAGUUUGAUGGACACGUCGGCCUUCCACUCACCUACGUGUGAGUCAGAGUGCAGCUACAGCAGUGAGGAGAUGGAACACUGCCAGUCUGACGUCAAGCAACCACAGACACAGAUAAAACAGCUAGAGGGUAUACUGGAGGACACAGAGGACAAUAAAAAAUCUCUAGAGAAGGACCUUCAGAAAAGCACAGAGAAAUCCAAUAGCACUGUGGAGGAGAAUGAGGCGUUGAAGAGGCUUCAGGAGGCUGAAGCUGUUCAGAUGCAGCCUAACAGCGCGGAACAGGACUAUGAGGAAGUCAUCCGGCUUCUGGAGGCUGAAAUCAAAGAUCUGAAGGAGCAACUUGCUGAAAAGAAACAUACGAGUUUGCAGGAAGAUAUUCUGGAAUUGAACAAGAGGCUUUCUAUUAUAGACAAUCAGCUACGAAAGUCAGAACUCAACAGGAAACAUCUGGAAAUCUCCAAUAAAAAGCUGCUGGGUUUUGCUCAUAAUGUUCAUAAAGUCCUCACCGGUGGCAGAUUAUUUACGACGCAGAACGGGUCGUCCCCGGCAACAGACGGUCUGGAAAUCUCAGAUGCCACCCACCAGCUCGUGGCUGAGGCCGGCGAGCUCAUGGAGAGGGUGUGUUCUCUUUGUGCAGAUGAUCACACUUUACCGCAGCUCACUGAGGGAUCUAUCACCGGUCCAGGGUUCGAGUGUGUGGUCGAAGUGAAUCAUCAGCCCCAGACGUCGUUUGCUGGAGUUCACGCUAAAGAGACUCGACGUCUCUAAAAGAGCUCAGACGCACGACCGCAAAUCAGCGCAAGAAGAUGAUAAACACUAAUCAUCUUUUUAUUAUUUUGUAAACUCUGUUCAGUUCUAAAGUGUGUGACGGGUUUAAUCAGACAUCCACAGAGGGUCUCGUUUCCCUGACACGUGAUCAAUCAGUGUCCUUCUGAAAAGUGCUGUAAUAUUUAAGAGAUGUUACACUCUGAUCUGUUAUUGUGUUUUCAAUGUUACUGGUUUCUCUCUCUCUCUCUCUCUCUGAAACACACACAAACACACACAUACUGUAUAUUACAGUACGUACACAGUGCAUUACAUAGUAACACGGUAUACACAGUAAUAACAGUCUGUACACAACAACUAUGUUUUUAGAACAAAUCCUCCUAACACUUUACAUUAAGGUUCCCUUAACAAUCAAUUAUUAUUUGUUGCGUUAAUUAAUACGAACAAAGUACAACAAUAAAAUAUUUGAUCAAUUUAUUAAGAGAUUUUAACAUUAACACAAUUCCUUUUAAUGCAUCCAACAUCAUUUUUUUGACCAUGUGUCUUCAAAGCCCUGAUAUUUAAUAAAGCUUCAAGCUCUCAGCCGAGUUGAGAAUCGUACCCACAACAUUGCUGGUGUUUUAGCCACAGCCGUGUUACAUGUACCAGUGCAUUAUUCAACUAAAAUAUAAUACUAUAGUUAUAGAUCCCAUCAGCGCCAUCGUCUUCAUGUGAUUCCACACUGUAACUGCUUUACGUUAAUUGAUCACGCUUGUGAAAGUCACCAUUAAGAAACAAAAGAAGUUCAGCAUCAGCAACGAAAAACAGCCUAGUGGUUAAGGUGUCGGACUACUAAUUGAAUCCCAGGUCUAUAAACCUGGGCCCCUGAGCAAGGCCCUUAACCCUCAAUUGCUCAGUUGUAUAAAAUGUAAGUCGCUCUGAAUGAGGGCUCCUUUCAAUUGCAGUCAAUGUAAACAAUGUUUUUUUUUUUACUUAAAUCUGACUGAAUACAUAUUUUUUUCAGUAUUUUCAUGAAUACACCAAAAAAAAAUAAUGCUAAUAAAUUAAGUUAAUGUGUUAAUUACCAUGUUUGUUUUUUAAAGUGAACGAAACGUUUGCUUGACAUGUUUAUUUAAUUGACUAACAAUAAGUAUAUAAAUUAGCAAAAAUGUCAUUAGAUCAUUACAUGCUGGCCAAUCGUAGUGAGCUGAUGAGAGUAGCUAGAGCUGAUUCUGUUCCACAGCCCUGUGAUGCAGCAGGAGCAGCAGGUUGAAAUGGUUGAAUUUACAUGUUCAUUUGAUUUAUUAUUUCAAAAGAAAGAAAAAUUAAUAAACUAAUACAGUUGUUAAUGACUUUGUUAAUGUAACUGAUGAUGUAUUAAUGCUAAAGUUUGCAGUUGGUUUCAUUCAUUCAUUUUCUACCGCUUAUCCGAACUACCUCGGGUCACGGGGAGCCUGUGCCUAUCUCAGGCAUCAUCGAGCAUCAAGGCAGGAUACACCCUGGACGGAGUGCCAACCCAUCGCAGGGCACACACACACACACACACACUCAUUCACUCAUGCAAUCACACACUAUGGACAAUUUUCCCAGAGAUGCCAAUCAACCUACCAUGCAUGUCUUUGGACCGGGGGAGGAAACCGGAGUACCCGGAGGAAACCCCCGAGGCACGGGGAGAACAUGCAAACUCCACACACACAAGGCGGAGGCGGGAAUCGAAUCCCCAACCCUGGAGGUGUGAGGCGAACGUGCUAACCACUAAGCCACCGUGCCCCCCUGCAGUUGGGAUGAACGUGUUAAUUUAUAACGUUCAUUAAGGGAACAUUAGAGUAAAGAAAAAACACAAUACUACAAGACAACUUGUGGUGUUUGUCAGUGUGACUGUAGCUACACAAUGGGUCAGAUUGCUAACAAACACCAAAUCAACAAUGUGUUUCAUAUUUAACACCUUUAAACAACACCUGGUUCACGUGUGCAGUACACAGUGUGUGUGUGGUUGUGUUUAAAAGACGAUUUGCUUUAAAAAUGCUAAUAAUCAUGCAAUGUAUCUACCUGUAUUUUUGCUGGUUUUACUGUUUUUAUUAAAGAAAGUAUAAAACUUUGAAA